CUUAAGACUUGUUCACUAAAUUAUAUAUUAAAGUACAAUGGCUCUUUAAAUAUCAACUUGUAACAAAUUUGCUUGGACGUCUUCUUCCUCUCUGAAAAAUCUUUAGCACAAAUUUGAAAUCCUCGAAUAUUUGGUCGGCGAUGAGAAAGCAAGUAUUAGCAUUGAGUGACACGGCGGCUGCGAGGAUUCGCCAACUUCUGCAGCAUCAGCAAAAACCUUUCCUCCGCCUUGCUGUUGAAGCCAAAGGAUGCAAUGGCCUAUCUUACGUCCUCAAUUACGCCCAGGAGAAAGGGAAGUUUGAUGAGGUGGUCGAGGAGAAAGGUGUAAAGAUCCUUGUGGAUCCAAAGGCGGUGAUGCAUGUGAUUGGGACAGAGAUGGAUUUCGUGGACGAUAAGCUUAGGUCUGAGUUUGUGUUCGUCAAUCCAAACGCGACAAAGUGUGGAUGUGGUGAGUCAUUCACGACAACAUGAAAGGCAAAAUUACACAUAUAACAUAAUAAGACAUAUAUAACUCUAUUACUCUACCACAGUAGUCGAUGAAAUUUGCUUUGUAAAUACAACUAUCUUAAGGCUGUCUUCCGUGUAGGUUCGCAAUUUGCGACGUUUGCGAUGAUUUAAUGUAAUGUGAAUAAGUGUGUGUGGAAAUGGGUUUCGUUUCUACGUAUUACUCUGGA